AUGAAGGAGGGCGCCGAGGAGCUGAAAUCCAUCCACACCUGCACAGACUGCCCCUGGUGCCUUCUCUUUCUCGGCAGCUUGGGGGGUCUCGGAGUCCUCUAUGGCUAUGGAGUCACGCACGGCGAGCUCGGAAAGCUCUACCACGGCAUCGACUACCAGGGCCGCAUCUGUGGCCUGGAGGGCCCCGAAGGUGUGCCCGGAAAGCCCUACUUGUUCUGGUGCAUGAACUCAGCCAUGACCGCUGCCGACGUCUCUUUAAAUCUGAAAGACCCGGUCUGCGUCUCCAGCUGCCCCGGCGUCCCAAGCGCCCUGGGCGGGAGCCUUUAUGCCCCCGUCCCCGAAUGCAAGCUGGUCAGUGCAUCGCAACAGAUCAACUCCUACAAGACCAUGAUCAUCAUGAAUCGAUACUGCUUUCCGGACAGCUCGGGGCUCCUGAAGAGCGCCGCCAACUCCCUCGAGUCAGGUCUGACGAGCCAGCACACGGAGCGACUCCUGGAGCAGCUCUCGUCUAUACCGGCAGCGUGGCCGGUGCUGCUCAUCGCCUUCUUCCUGGCCGUCCUUUUGGGGUACAUGUACCUGGUGGCGCUGCGGCACUGCACGGUGCUGCUGAUCUGGCUUGUGAUGGCGCUGUCGGUGGCCGGCUCCGCCUUGUUGGGCUUCUACCUCUGG